AUGAUAAAUAGAUCAUCAUCGAGUUUGGAUUUAUUCAAACAAAUAAGAAAUGCAAACAGGCAAGUGACACAAAUUAAUAAAUUGCAAGCUGAAAAUCAAUCUGAUAACAGUGCUUCAGAUGACGAUUCUGAUGAAUGAAAAAAACUCAAAAAAACUUCGAAAUUGAAAUUGCUCACGGCUGGCUUUUUAAAAUGCGCAUUUACAACUCAGAGCGUAAAAUCAGUUGAGUCUCUUAAAGUGAAUCCAAAUAAAUUUAAGAAUUCAUUGCAGCAUCCAGAAAGCUACCAUAUCAUGAAAGGCCUCUGCAGACUUAGCAGCAUCAAAUCUAAGCCAGAACUAGAACAAGAUCACCAUUUGAGCCCAGGCUUUAUAGACAUGAUUUCUAAAACCAUGAUAAAAUCCCGAAAUAAAGGCAUUCUCAUAAGAAAAUCCCAAGCAGAUGAAGACAAAGAGCUUGAACUUGAAAAGUUAAAAAUCAUGCAAAUUAUCAGAGAAGGCAAUAACACCCCUCCGAACAAGCAAUUAUCCAAAGAAGUUAGGCGAAACGAAGAGAAAAAAAAGUCAGUUUUGUCAAAGAAAAGGAAAAAUAUCAAUAAACCUUCACAAAAUCGUUUAUUGAGUCCGAAAAUCCCUAAGCUUUUGCUGCCUUUAGAGCCUAUCGAUCUGAAAUCAUUCAGUGAGAUUUCUCCUCGAUCCUUUGUUAAAAGUACUUCCCCUCGAUGCAUAGGAAUUUCAGAAAGGCUUUACCCAAAAGAGAAACCGAUAAAAAAAGAGAUAAAAGAAAAUUAUACAGAAAGAAUUCGACAAUACCAGUCUCCUUAUUUAGCAAGAGUAAGCUAA